UGUGCGGAAUAAAUGUAAACGAGAAUAAAUUUAUAGGUUAUUAUAACAUUUAUAAACUUUUGUAAAUAUUAGAAUUUCAAAAUUUAUUACGUUAUAAUCUAUCUUUACAACGUAAAUAUAAAGAUGCCUCAUUUCGUAAGCACUAAAGAUAAGAUUGUGCAAAACAUGGAUGAUAUUGCUUCUGAUUUUGCUUGUCUCAAAGUAUCUGCAUUAAAGAAAGCUUCUCGCAUAUCAGGCAAGGUGGACAGAAUUACAAUUGGCCCUGAUUCUACAAUAAAUGAAAGUGAAAGUGAAAAUUCUGAAAAUAUAGAAAAUGAACAAAAUUCUUGUAAUAUUACAGUUCCACAAAAAUCUAUUCAUUCUCAGAGUAAAAUUUCUAUGCAGAAUGGAAUUCCUUUUUCAUUUAAAAAAAUUCUCCUAGAAAGUGAAUAUCAAAGAAAAGAAGAAGUUCAGAAAGAAAUUGAACGUCAUUGGCAACAUAUGAAAGAAAAUGGAAAAGCUAUACAGGAACAUAUAGCAAUAUCACGUUCACAUAUGGCUAGGGAACGUGAACGCAAAAGUAAAGAGAAUUAUGCAUACAUACUAGCAGAAGAAAGAAUAGCAGAACAAGAAGAAAUACAUAGGAGGCAUGAACGACAGAAAGAAGUUGAAGAAUAUCGAAAAAAGAUUAAAGAAACAGAAGAAUUGACCAAGAAAAUAAUAAUUUUGAGAAAUGUAUAUGCUGUAAAUUAUCAUGAUAUUAUAGCACUUUCUGAAAAUUGUAAAGAUAAGAAUUCCUUUGCUAUAUUAUUAUCCUCUUAUGCUGAAAAAUUCGAAGAGUUACACCAGCAAAUGAAACUUAUAGAUGAAAAAAUUAAGACAGGUGAAAUAACAUCUGUUGAUCUGAACAUUGUAGUAAAAGUGGUUUAUCAAAGUGAAGAAAUGUUAUGUGUGUUUAGAUCAGAAGUAGAUAGAAUAAAUGCUCAAUGUGAUGUAAAUUUAAGUGAAACAAAAAAUACAAUACAUUCUCAUGCACAAGUAGAAGAUUCACAGGGACAAGAGAUUAAAAGUAGUGAAACAGUUUGUGAGACAAUUAUUCCAGAACAAGUAAGUAUAAGUAAUAUGCAAAACAACGAUGUACAAGAAUGUAGAGAUGAAGAAAAACAACAAAAUUUACAAACAGAAAACAUAACUACUUCAAAUAUAUCACAAGUGACAUUUCCGAUUAUUAAUAUAAAAGAAAAUGUAUCAACUACUGAAUCGGAAAAAGAUCACUUAGAUGGUUAUGUUGAUAAAGAAUUGUUACAAAUAUAUGUAAAUAGUCAAAAAUUUUUAGAAGAUUAUGUAAAAAGUUUUGAUGAAUUUUUACAAUCUCCAACUGAAAAAAGCUUUAGAUUUGAAAUUCAGAAAGCAAUAAAUAUACCGGUAAAUACAAUAUCUGGCAUUAAUGAACAACAUUUGAGAGAUAAAUAUGAAAGGUUGCAUAAUCUUCUUAAGGGCACAUGUUGGCCAAAUGUUAAACAACAUCCACAGGGGACAGCCUACUGUAAAAAUAUCUUAGCUAAAAAAAUAGUUAGUCAAGGUGAAACACUUAUUUCAAGUAAACCAAAGAUGGCAUUUCCUAUUGCUGCUGUAAUUGUUGCCCUUUGGAACGAUCAUUCUGAUUUUGGUGAUUUACUUUUGUCACAUUUUCAUAAUGUCUGUCCAUUUACGGUUCCUGUCUUUAUGCCAAAAAUAGUAGGACAGUCGAAUGAAGAUUAUUAUAAACUAAUGGGUUACAAAUAUGCUGAAGAUGGCACAAUUGAGAAACAUGAUAAAUUUUUGAGAAGGAUGUCUGGUUUAAUGAGAUUAUAUGCUUCUAUCACAAUUACAACUCAAAGGAAAGGAGUUAAUAAAAGUAAUCCUCAUGGACUUCAAAAUGCUUGGCGAUGGUUGGCUGCUAUUUUAAAUAUUGAGCCGCGUAAAGAAGUAUCAGAUCUUUGUGCAACUCUUUUGUUGGAUAUGUUUGAAGUUGCUGGAAGUACAUUAUGGGUUGCUUAUCCAAAACAGUUUCAUAAAUUGCUAAUUUUAUUGUCGGAAGAAUAUUAUCCACGCAUGCAAAAUGUAGGUUGUAUCGGUGGUGGUCCAUUGGCACGACUUGAAGAAUUUUUGAGAAAUAGUUUAGCAAAAGGUUCUAUAGCCCCUCCUGAGGGACAACUUCCUCCAGAUUUUUGGUGAUCACAGUAAUGUU